AUGGAUCGAAACUUCAAAGCCACCGACCUGACAUCCAUCGCACCGACGAGAAGGGGGGCACAGUCAUUCUAUGAGAUCGGCAUUCAAAUCCGCAAGAGCGUUGGAUCUGAGGAUACGAGGCAAUUUAUUACCGAUAUCCUAUCUGACUACGUGAAUGCUACUGCUGCCCUGCAAUCCUCCCUCGACAGAGGUGAGGUCAUGGAUAUUGACGAGUACAUAAACACUCGGAAGCUUACGGCGGGGGUAUACCCGCAGAUGGCUCUCAUUCCCUAUGCCUACCGAAUUGAUCUUCCUGGCUGGUUUCUUGCCCACAGCCUAGUUAAAGACGUAAUGGAGCAGAUUGUUAUCAUAGUCUCAUUUGUUAAUGAUAUCGUCUCUGCUCAUCGUGAGAUAAAACGAGGACAUGUCGAUAAUAUCAUCCCACUGCUGAUUCACCACAGAGGGCUAAGUGCGCAAGAAGCGGUAAACCAUGCAGUUCAAAUGGUGAAGGAGGCGUACCUGACCUUUCAAGCUCUUGAACCGCUUGUUGUCCGCCUUGGAAUGAACGCGGGUAUUGCAAAAGAGGUCCAAAGAUUCCUUGGGGGUUGCAAGGAUCUAGCCAUUGGUACUACAAAGUGGUCGUAA